UAUAAUAUUUAUAUGAAGCUAGGAUAAAAACAAUUGUCGCUAAACCGUUUUACAGCAGAUAACUGAUAAAUAUAUUUGCUAUUGACCACGUCGUCAUCUUUAUGCGACUGCUCUCCAGGAAGUAAAAUUAACAGGACAGUUUGGCUUUGCUAAGAAUAAGGGAAAACGAUGUCUGGAAGUUUUUAUUUUGUCAUGGUUGGUCACCAUGACAAUCCUGUGUUUGAGAUGGAGUUCCUUCCAUCUGGGAAGCCUGAAUCAAAGGAUGACCAUCGUCACCUGAACCAGUUCAUUGCACACGCAGCCCUGGAUUUGGUGGAUGAAAACAUGUGGCUGUCCAACAACAUGUACUUAAAAACUGUGGACAAGUUCAACGAGUGGUUUGUUUCUGCCUUUGUCACUGCAGGACAUAUAAGAUUCAUCAUGCUGCAUGAUGUGCGACAAGAAGAUGGAAUCAAAAACUUUUUUAAUGAUGUAUAUGAUUUAUACAUUAAGUUUGCAAUGAAUCCAUUCUAUGAAAUCAAUGCACCAAUCCGCUCCACAGCUUUUGAGAGGAAAGUACAGUUUCUUGGAAAGAAACAUCUCCUGAGUUAACCACUUCACAUGCACAAGGAUUUGAAUGCAUCUCGUCUAUUUGUUGUAUAUAUAUCCUACCUGCAUACGUGUUUGAUGUCUAUGUUUGUCUUUUCCUGUUUGACGAAUGUUCAACACAUAUGUGGAUUUUCUAUAAAACAUUUUCCUGUCUGAUGUAGUUUUUAAUGUAAUGUUUGUUUCUUUACUUCUUGCAUGGGGUGGGCUGUGGGUUAAGGUUACUGUAAGUUAAAUUAUCAGCAUAAGACUUUAAGGCAUAAAAACUUGUCCAGCGCUUGACCAAUAAUGAAAAAAAACAUUUCGAUUAAUAAACACAAUCUUGUGCCGUGA